AUGUCUUCGAAUCAAGGUUGUUCGUCUUGCUCAUGGGGGAGCUCUCGUGGUGGUUCAUCUAGAGGAUUCGUUGGAAGCCAAAUAUGCCAUUGUGGGGAGGCUGUUGUGUUGAGAGUGGCAAAAACAGUUAAGAACGAGGGGAAACAAUUCUGGGGCUGCCCUAAUUACAAGCGGACAAGAAAUGAAGAACUUGAAGGAUACAAUUUCUUUAAAUGGCUUAAUGAAGAUUAUGUAGAUGAUGCUGCUAGUAUUAUUGCUAGGCAAAGGAGAAAGAUUAAUAGCCUGGAGAAAUGUGUUAGGGAUUGUCAGAAAAGGGAGAAGAUGUUAAUAUCAAUGAUAUGUUUUCUGGGAUUCAUUAACAUCAUUCUUAUGGCUGAGUUUGUUCCAAUACGCAUUGAGUAA